AUGAAGAGAUCCAACUCUGCCAGCGGCUUCGGCGGCAACCAUGUGCGCUCCUUGUCGGGAUCUAGGCAGUCCCUCGCCAUGAGCCGCCCCUCCCAGCCCAUAUUCUCCCGCUCCUCCUCCGGCGGCAACUUGGCAGAUGCCGGCAUGUCCUCCGUCAAGCGCGCCUCCAUCAACCCGCACUCGGCCCUCAAGAGCUACGCGCCUGGGGGUCUGCCCACCCGCGCCUCCGAGGGAGACCAGCGGAGGAGCAGCAUAUACCGGUCGCGCCCUUCCAACAACGGUCCUAUGAGCCACCAGAGUUUCUUCCAGCAGGCACCACAAGCCGCGGGCGUCCCGCGCGACCCCCGGCCCCUGAGAGACCGUUCCUUCCAGGCUCGCAUCGGCCAGGAGCUCCUCGAUUAUCUGGUCCAGCACAACUUCGAGAUGGAGAUGAAGCACAACCUAUCGCAAAACAUCCUCAAGUCGCCCACGCAGAAGGACUUCAACUACAUGUUCCAGUGGCUCUAUCACCGGAUAGACCCCAGCUACCGUUUUCUGAAGAGCAUCGACCAGGAGGUUCCGCCCAUAUUGAAGCAACUACGGUAUCCCUUUGAGAGGGGCAUCACGAAAUCUCAGAUCGCAGCUGUCGGCGGCCAGAAUUGGAGCACCUUUCUCGGACUCCUGCACUGGAUGAUGCAACUGGCGCAGAUGCUGGAGGGAUACACAAAUAACAGAUACGACGAUGCCUGCAUAGAGGCUGGCAUCGAUAUCUCCGGCGACCACAUCAUCUUCGAUUUCCUCAGCAAGGCUUAUCGCGACUGGUUAGACAUGGGUGAGGACGCCGGUGACGAAGACGCCGAGAGGGCAUUGGCACCGCACAUUGAGGACAUGGCCAGCGCAUUUGAGCGAUCAAACUCGAAGUAUCAAUCCGAGCUUGAGAUGCUAGAGGCCGAAAACGCAAGGCUGCAACAGGAGAUCGAGGACCUCGAAAAGUCGACUCCGGACCCACGAGUGCUGGACGACCACUUCAAGAUCAUGGAGGAGGACAAGGUCAAAUUCGAAGAGUACAACAUGCUCGCCCAGCAACGCUCAGAAAAGUACGAGAGCAGGAUUACCGUCCUCCAAGAAGAGUAUGACAAAUUGAUGGAGGAACUCAAGGAGGCGGACGACGAGCGCCGUGGCCUGCAGAACGAAGUCGACAGUCAGGGUAUAGGCAUGUCGGAUAUUGACCGCAUGACCUCGGAGCGUGAACGACUGCAACGCGGGAUCGAGUCGGCCGCACAGCGUCUGGAGGACGUGAAGAAGAAGGUGGCUGAAAAGGAGAUCGAGGCAAGCCGGAGGUUGGACGAACUCGAACGCUUAGUCGACAAGUACAACACCAUGGCCUACCAAAACCUCCUGAUCCCAGCAAGCGCCGAGAACGCCAAGGGCGUGCACUACGAGCUGUCUGUUACGGUGAACGAAUCAGAUUUUACGGGCUCGGUCAUGAGAGGCGGCUCUUACGGCACCUCGUCAGCCGGCACCGAGCGUCUACUGGCGGACUCGGUGACGGGCUACCAGCCAGCGCAUAUCCUCAACCUCGACCUGCGCGGGCAGGUUAAGAACCAGUUCGCACAGCUACGCAAGGAGGUUAGCGAGCGCCGCGCCUCGGCCAUGGACGCCAUGCUGAAGGACCAUGAGCUGCUCGAUGGUAUCAAGGAGACCAUCGAGGACAAGAAGAACGAGGUCGAGGCACUUCGCCACCGUGUCCGCGCCGCAGAGGACGAGUACGAAAAGACCAAGGAGGUUACAACCACGCAGAAGCACGCAAGCGAUGCCCAGAUCGAAAAGAUGGAAAAGGAACUUGCCAAGAUGCGAGCUCAGCUUACCGAGAGCGUGCAGCUACUUGAGCAACGAGAGAUGAACACAAAUAUUGAAUACGAGCAAUUGACUCUCAAGGCCAACGCUCUGCGUGAAGAGCUACACACGGAGAUCGAGCGCAUGCUCAACGACGUCAUCAAGUUCAAGGUGCACAUCCAAAAGAACCUCGAGGACUACGAAAGCUUUGUCGCCGACGAGCUCGAGAAGGAGCUAGUCCCUGAGGAGGUGCCCCAGGAAGAGGAUGAGGACGAAGAGCUCUGA